GUGAAUAGUGUAUGCAUGCAUUCUUUUACACUAGAACUUAGAAAAUUAUCCACCCGAGCUUCUGUCGCGAACUUGCAAUUAUUCCUCCGCCGGGGGAGCAAGGGCCAAACCAAAUAGUUCAACAUAUCAUCCACAGUCGAACAAAUAACAAUACAAUGUCGCAACUGCCGGUCUCCCCGUUCUUACGGGCCUGGUACAAAUGGAAGAUGCUGCGGCUUCCAUGGCGGCGCCAGUUUCUAGUUGGCUUCGAUCUAAGCGGAAACACGUACUGGGAAUUCCUCGACCGCGGCUCCCGCCUGCCCCCCCCACGAACGAACCCGUCAUCCCAGACGACGACAACGACGACGACGACGAGGAGCAGCCCCGUCCGGUGGCGGCGCAUCGUGCGCUACCCGCGCGGCACGCACCACUCGGCCGUCGACGUGCCGCCCGCCUGGCACCAGUGGCUGCGGCACACGCGCGCCGACCCGCCCUCGCUGGACGAGCAGCGCGCCGAGGUCGCCCGCCAGGAGCGCAUCAAGCGCCUCGCCGCCGAGGCCGACGCCCGCUGGGAGGCCAAGCCCAGGGUGAUGGAGGACGGCGCCGGCGCGGCCCGGCGGGCGGCGGCGCUCGGGGCGCGCGCGCCCGCCCUCGAGACGGACCGGCCCCUCGGCCCGGGGAGCACCAGCAGCACCAGCAAGUUCGCGAGCGCCGCCUCCGAGAGGGCCGCCGAGGCCGGCGACACGAGCGGGGCGGGGACCGUCACCGGGGACGUCGCGCCGGGGGAUAGCGAGGCGGUGAACCUGCGGGAGGAGACGUGGAAGAGGAUGAAGAGAGAGGCCGAGGCGGAGGCGGAGGCGGAGGCGAAGGCGGCAGAAGCGGAAGGCGACGGAGCGAGCAAGGCCGCUGGCGGGAAAGCUCCGGAUCCGUGGAGGCAGCACGCCAAGGGAGGGCCGGGUGAGACGUGGCAGCCGAAGUCAUGGGAACCGACCGCGAGGGAGAAGAAAUGAGAGGGAGGCUUUGGGAGGAGCACCGGAGGGCGGCGGGGAGAAGCAACACAUGUACAAAUAGUGUAAUGAGCAUAUCCAGGAGAUGCAGCGUUCCAUAUUUCAAAGCGUAUAUACCAAAAAAAGCGAAACAAGGAAUAAUAAAUGAGGCAUUGUAUGAUAUUAUACUCUUAUCUUACCCCUUACAACCCUAUUUGUCUAUCAACUGAACCUAUGACCUCUUGAGGAACGCUGCCUUCGCUUCUUCCAUCAACC